GGUUUUUUCUUUCAUUGUGAAUGACUAUGACGCCAGAAUCAUCAUCAUCAUCAUCAUCAUCAAACACAUCAUUACCAUCACCAUCAUCAUCAUCGACAACAAUGAUGGUUUCAUCUUCACCAUCGAUCAACAUUGUUCCAAACAACAACAACAGCAAUUUAGAUAUUUCAACAAUUUCAUUAAAUUUAAAUAAUCAAGGAGCUUGUAUCAACACUGCUACAACAUUACCAUCAACAACAUCCACAUCAACAACAAUGGCAAAUUCAAAUCAACGGUUAGCCAGCAAAAAUCAACAAUUACGUUCACAUUUAUCAUCAAUUGGUAAUGGUGGUGGAAACUCUUACGGUACACCACCACCGCAAUCGCAAUCUCAACCAUCCAUAUUACGAUCAAAUCAUGAUUUUCAAUGUUGUCCAGAAAAAGAUCCUAAUAAUCAUCUGGCAUAUUCAUUAUCGAAUAAUAAUAAUAACAAUAUAGCAUUCAAUGAAUUAUUGUCACAAACAUUUCAAUCAUCAUUUUGGAAUUUUCGUUCACGUUUUGAAAGAUUAUUGUUAUUAAUUGUAUUUAUUGUUUCAAUAUUAUGUAUUGUACUUCUAGUCUUAAUGAUAAUUUUAUUAAUUAAUCAACCAUAUUUUCAAAGGGGAAAUAAAAAUGUAGACAAUAACAACAACAAUCUGAAUAAUCGUUUUGAUAUAAAUUCAAUAAAUAAUAAUAAUAAUGAUGAAAUGUUAAUUAGAUUAAUACAACAAUUACCAUCAUAUCCAAAUCCACAGAUGAUACCUGGUUAUCAUUAUUAUUAUGCAACAAAUAAUAAUGGUCAUAAUCAAAAUAUUCCAUCAUCAUCAUUACAUAAUUCUACUACAUCCAAUGAAAUACAAUUGGGCAAUAAUCAACAAUUUCCUACAAAAUUCUAUCAGAAUUUCAUACCAACACCAAUGGGACCAAUAUUUUCAGCACUGCAACAUGUAAGAAAUCAACAUUAUCAUAAUCAGCAGAAUCAACAUAAUCAUUAUCAAUCAUCAUUAUUAACAAAUCAAUCAAUGAUUAUACAAGAUUUUCAGGAUCCAAAAUCAGUUUGUUUACGUCCUGGUUGUGUUAAAGCAGCAUCCGAAAUAUUGAAUCUGAUUGAUGAAACUGUCAAUCCAUGUGAUGAUUUUUAUCGUUUUGCAUGUGGUGGUUGGAUACAUCGUACAACAAUACCGGAUGAAGCUGGUCAUAUUUCUAUAUUUGAACAAUCAAGAGAACGGCUAGAUAUUCAGCUUAAAGAUCUAAUUGAAACAACAACAACUAAUACGACAACAAAUGAAACAACAACAACACCGGCAAUUGAAACAAUGAAAAAUAUGUACCGUUCUUGUAUGAAUUUAACAGCAAUUGAAAAAUUAGGUAUAACAUCAUUGCGUAAUGCAUUAGAUGAAUUAGGUGGUUGGCCAGUUGUUCAAGGUUCUAGCUGGAAUGAAUCAACAUUUGAUUGGAUAAAUGUAACCAGAAAAAUUAGAAAAAUUGGUUUCAAACCUGAAAUGUUUGUUACAUUUAAAGUUAUUGCCGAUGUUAUGAAUAAUACCCGAAAUAUGAUUUUCGUUGAUGAAGCUACACUUGGUCUACGACGUCAACUGAUCACGCAAGGUUCAAAUCAUACAACUGUUCGUGUUUAUCAUCAAUUAAUGGUCGAUACAGCCUUGUUAUUUGGUGCUACGAAUCGUACACAAAUCGAAAUAGAAAUGUGGGAUACAAUUGCAUUAGAAUCACAAAUUGCACAUGCUACACAUGAUCCAAUGCAAGGUGAAAAGAAACAAUCAUGGUAUCUUUAUUUAAAAGCAUUUGCUGAUGUUGCCAAUCAGAGCGAAGUAUUGGCUACAAAUCAAACACGUCUUGGUCAUGAUUGGAUACGUUUUAUUAACGCUGCAAUAGAUUUACCUGAUGGUUCACAGCCAUUCACCGAAAAAGAAUUAGUUAUGGUUGAUAAUAUUCGAUAUAUGGGACAAAUUGAUUAUCUAAUAUCAUUUGUAAAUAAACAUGAUAAAAGAUUAUUAGCAAAUUAUAUGCUAUGGCGUGUUGUAUUACAAAAUCUUGGUACUGGUAGUAAAAUGAUGCGUGAUAUGCGUGAUAAUUUAAAUAAACAUUUAUAUGGUAUAACCGAAAAAAUGGCACGUUGGAAAUUAUGUUUAUCACAAUUGACGGGUAGUUUAGCAAUGGCAUUAUCAUCACAUUAUAUUAAACAUAAUUUCAAUGAAACAUCACGGGAAAAAGCUAAAGAAAUGGUACAAUUUAUUCAACAAGAAUUUGAAGAUAUUCUUCAUCAUACUGAUUGGAUGGAUAAUGAAACGAAAAAAAAUGCAUUUAAAAAAUCUAAAUCAAUGAAAGCUAUUGUUGGUUAUCCAGCUGAAUUAUCUAAUGAUACACUGAUUGAACAACAUUAUAAAGAUCUACAAUUAACACCGGAUAAUUUCGACCUAAACAUCCGUCGUGUACGUAUUUGGGCACAUCGUAAUGAAUUUAAAAAAUUACGACAACGUAAUGAUCCACAUAACUGGAAAUAUUUUUCCAAUGCAGCCAAUGUGAAUGCAUUUUAUUGGUCACAAGCAAAUUCAAUUGUAAUACCGGCUGGUAUAUUAAGAGAUAUAUUUUUUGAUCAUGAUCGUCCACAAUAUCUAAAUUUUGGUACAAUUGGUUAUGUAAUUGGUCAUGAAAUUACACAUGGUUUUGAUAAUAUUGGUGCACAAUUCGAUGAAAUUGGUAAUGCAAGGAAUUGGUGGAAAAAUGAAACAAAAAAACAUUAUAAUGAAAAAGCACAGUGUAUGGUUAAACAGUAUCGUGAAUAUCCAUUAUUAUCAUCAUCAUCAAAAUUAUUACAAAUUAAUGGUGAUUUAACAUUAAAAGAAAAUAUUGCCGAUAAUGGUGCUAUUAAAGAAGCAUAUCAAGCAUAUGAAAAAUAUGUUUCAAAAUUUGGUGAAGAAUUAUUAUUACCAGGUUUACGUUAUACAUCAAGGCAAUUAUUUUGGAUUGCAGCCGCUAUGAAUUGGUGUAGUAAAUCAUCGCCAGAAAUGUUUAAAACACGUCUAGAUACUGAUAGUCAUAGUCCAUCGGAAGCCAGGGUAAAUGUUGCAUUUAGUAACUAUCAACCAUUUGCUGAUACAUUUGGCUGUCGUAUUGGUACGAAAUCGAAUGCAGAUCAUAAAUGUUUAGUUUGGUAAAUGGUGACAUGGCAUUAAAUGACAUCCACAACAAUCAAUGAAUGAAUGAUCAACCAACAACAGGGCCAAUCAAAAUCAAUCAAUCGAUCAACUGAACAAACAAAU